AUGGAGUGCCAAAAAGUGGCCCAAGAUUUCGCCAGCAUUCUGGAGGAGUUGACUUGCAAUUCAAGACCAAUCAUUACUACUCUUACAAAGACAGCGGAAGAAAAUAUUGCAUGUGCUCAGCAGCUCGUUGACGCAAUUGAAAGACGUAUUGAGCGGUGUGUACCGAACCAAAAGCUGUAUGCGUUUUAUGUUAUGGACUCAAUCUGCAAAAACGCAGGAUCUCCCUAUACCAUUUAUUUUAGUCGAAAUCUUGCAAAACUGUACAAACGUACCUAUCUUUUAGUCGACAACCAGACCCGUUCGAGUCUGAUUCGGCUGUUCCAGACAUGGCUGAACCACAGCAGCAGCACAAUGGGCGAUCAUUUGUUCGGAAAGGAAGCGCUCGAUGCGAUAGAACAGUUUCUAAUCAAAGCCAGCACAUUGCAACAGAAAAAAGUCGCACUGCCGACUGUUUCGGGACUUUUGCAUGAAAUAGACAAACUCGCGUCGCUGACAAAGGAGCGGGCGUCUCAAAAUUCGCAGGACCCGAGGUUGAAUACCAAGAUCCUGGUGCUCAAGCAACUCAAGCAGGAACUACAACGUGAGUCGUUGGCACCACAGGCUUUGCAAGAGGUGCAGUCUCAGCUCCGCAAAAUAUUUUCUCAGGAGCAGCAAAUGCUCCGAAAACAGCAGCAGCAGCAACAACCCAGUUUCCAGAAUGUGAGCCAGAACUCGUCCGCUGUCAGUUCGACGCCUUCGCAAGAGCAGACUCCAACUCCUGGAGACUCUGAAAUGAUCCCGCUAUUUGGUCCCACGUCCUCUUCAGCCUUUUUCCCCAACGCUGUCAAUAUUUUACCCCCGUCAGAUUCCUCCAGGCAGGUAAAUCGCGUUCAAUCUUUGUAUGACUCGCUGGCCAAAGAAGGCCUGAUUAGACCGGUUCAAAAUCAAUCCAUUGUUCGGCUAGAAAGCGUUUUGGCGCAAAAUUCGAACGAGAUAUCCAAAAUAACGCUCCCUUCAUUGCAUCUUUUGCGGAAUAUUUUGGGAGAUAUAAAGUCUCACUUCUCGGUAUAUGGCGUCGAUAUCUUGAAUACGCCUAACUUACAGCUUUGUCAACAAACUAUAAUUGAAGACAAUCCGGCUGUAGCUCAAUUGAAGAAUUUGCUAUACAGAUACAAGCCUAACAAGUGCAGUUCAUGUGGUAAGAGGUUUGGCACUACUGAGGAUGAAAAAAAGCGAGAGAGAGAUCACCUAGAUUGGCAUUUCAGAAUCAAUAAGAGAAUCAAAGGAACUUCAGGCGUGAACGGCACGGCCGUGAAGAACAUUCAGUCCAGAAAUUGGUAUCUUGACGAUACACAAUGGCAGCAGUUCGACGAUGAAGAGAUUGUCUCGACGACAAGGUUGAAAAAUGAUACGUUUACUUUACCUAGGUUGGGCGUGGUUUCGGAGAAGGAUACUUUCGAUGAGGUGACAUCUACUCAGAACAAAGCUAUCGCUACUGAUGAGUCGAAUUUGGCGAAGAAACGUGUCGUGGUUCCGGAAUCAUCUGUCGAAAUGUCCUUUCAAUGUCCAAUCUGUCGGGAAGAACAGUCUGCUGUUUAUGAUGAUGACACAGGAGAAUGGGUCUGGCCCAACUGCGUGGAAUCUCAGGGCAAGUACUUCCACGCCACUUGCUUUCAUGAGGCAGCUAGCAGUGCCCCGCAACAAGCUCUUCAUCAAGGCUUGGAGCGUCUUAAGGGUCUAGCAGGAUAA